AUGCCAAGCAAAUAUCUCCUGAAUCCACCGGAGGAUUUGCAUUCGCUAACGGCUGACCAUCGUAAUAAAUCUAUAUACCCAGAUUUUGAUCCAUGGAGACACACACCAAUUGAGGACAAAGUAUUCCUGAAUUUUGUAUCCAAGGGCUACUACAAUACUGCAAAAGUAAAUUUCGAGAGUAUUUCGUCAAGAUCGUCUUUGCAAGAAUCGCUACCGGCGGUUUCUGGGCUGUUAGCAGACCAACUGUCCAAAAUUGUGAAAAUUAGAGAAGAGCAAGUCAACAGAGUUCCUGGUAAAGCACGCAAUCUGAAUGGUACGAAUAAUCUUGGAACCAAGCUUAGUGGUCCCGGUUUUGCGCUGCCAAAAAGGGUAACACUCACAGAUCACAAACGUGAACUUUGGCUUCAGGAAAUAAGCUCCACCAACAGACCACUUGCAGAGACAGUCAAGACGAUACCUCACGGCCUUAAAAGACGUCAUUUGCUAGAGCAGUGUUAUCAAAAACAGGUCCCCAUCGCUCGUGCGGUUUGGCUCAUAAAAUGCUGCUUUACGUUAGAGUGGAAAAUAUCCGCUGGCAAGCAGAGCUCUCAGCUGCAUGACGAAAUGUGCGUGAAACUACUACAAGAAUGGUCGGAAGCAAUGGCCCACAUUUUGGAAAGACUGGUCUUCGAAAUGACACAGUAUUACAACGAACCCUCAAAACUGAAGAAGUGGAGAAAACGAAUAGCGUAUUUUCUGAAACUGCUCGGAAGCUGUUACUCACUUGAAUUGAUCGACCGUGCAGCGUUUCACCACUGGUUGGUUGAUUUUGUCGCUAGAGUCGAGAAUUUUGAGUGUCUGCCGAUGACACUACAUAUCCUCUCCGUCUUUUGGAGCGGAAUAUUUCCGGAAGGUCAGUCAAACUCUGACCCUCAACAGCAGUUUUUGAUAAACAAAAUGACCGAAACGCUGAUCUACAAAUACUACAUGGUGUCAAGAAGUAAAUCGAUGAUAAAUGACGAGCAAUACCUUAUCAACGAUAUCAAGAAGAACGACAAGCUUGCUACAGCCAUGUCUCAUACAUUGAAGUCAUUCAUAACCGAGAUCUUUCACAAACAGUCUUUGGAGGCUUUUGUAUUCACGGGCAGCAAUUGGGAAAUCUACAAAAAGUGCCUUUAUGAAGUAUUAGGCACGGAUAAAACAAUGAAGGAAUCACCUAACGGGUCAAAAACAUCCAAAAAACUUGAAUUGAUUGUCUAUCGCAACGACUCUUUACAGUUUAAUACCAUUUUAAACGCAGGCGAAGAACGGGACCCUGAUCAAACUGAUACGCACAGCACGGAUUUGGAGAGCAUAUUUAAACCAAAUGAAAUCUUGAAGUUGAGACAUAUUGACUACAGUCUCACCAAGCUGCUGGACGAAAAUAGCUCAGGUGAUCACUGGGUGAGUUGUGUCGCUCAGAAAGUAAAUCGAAUUGAUCAAGUCAUCCAAAUGAUUUUAUGGGCGAUCAACCCUUCCCGAUAUCAUCACUAUGAAGCACCUCAUCUUGUUGCAAAGAUAUUUCUCAUUCAGAUAAAUUUCAAGAAUGCACCACUCGAAUACGGAUUGGAGGAUAAAAUAUGGUCUCUAAUUUUCCUGUUCGCGAGAUUAAAAGGCGAAGACCUGAAGUCCGUUGUUAGUCUUCCGAGAGUUCACCAGUUAUUAAAUGUUUUCAUCGGGUACGGAAUCAUCAAAGUUCCGACUUACAUUCGAAAGCUUAUCAGCUCAGGAGUUCUCUAUUUAGCUCAUUCUGAAGAUAAGUUCUUUCACUGUGAGCUACUGAUCAACCUUAAGAUCUCGCCAGUGAUGAAAAGCCAAUACAACAUGGUUUUGCGAAAUGUGAUAGAUGCUAAUCACUCGUUUUACGAGCGCUUCAAUUACGACAGGUUAACGGAGCUGUUAGAAAGCUCAAAAAUUUCACUGUUGAGUGGACGCUUUGAUAGCAUGAAAGCUGUUCCCUACAGCGUGAGGCUCAUGACCUCAGAAUGGUAUCUGAACUUGAUCUGUUCACCAAAUGAUGGAGUUUUGACUCCCGUCACAAAGAAGGAUGUGGUCGAAAAACUGAACGUAUUUUGCAUCAAACUUGAUGUUUGCCAUCAGUUUUACAAAUGGAUUGAAUUCAUUAUUUACCAUCAGUUACUGAAAGAUCUAGAGUCACUCGAGUGUCUAACAGACAUUUUGAUCUACUAUGAAAAGUUCUUUUGCCUGUUGAUCAAUGAUCAUGUUUUAUUAAUGAAGACGAUCCUACAUCUAUAUUUCGACAAAUUGGUGCCCGAAAGCCCACAGAGUCAAAAACUCAUACUACUUGGAGAUUUUUGGACCUUUUUUCUAGUUCGAUUUCCUCAAGUUUUGGAAAUCGACCCCGAUCUUCAAGCAAAGCUUAUAGAGGCAAAAGAAUUCGAAAAAGCCAAAAUUGAGAGCGCUGCGAAGAUAAGCGCUUGGAUGAGUUCCAAAUCUGAAGAUCAUUCAGAUGAAUGCUUAAAGUAUGUUACAGACGAAUUCAACUUUCCCAGCAUCUUUCAACCUAAUUUGAAAGCCAUACUAGCCACUGAAACUGGCGAAGAUCUGCAAUUGCGAAGAACAAAUUUGCGUACUCUAAUGGCUAUGAAUUUGAAUGAGUACAACAAGUUCAUGUCUAUAUAUCUCAAGAGGAAGGUUGCAACUAACGAAGAACUGGCGAAGUUAAUCUCGCUGAAAGUUCUUUCGUUGAACUCAGUCGGAAAGGUACUUGGUAAUCGUUUUUUAGUAAAGCUGCUUCGAACAUCAUUUUGGGAGCACGGCGUUGGGUUCGAAUUGCAGAAAAAGAAGUUCAAAAAGCAUAACCUGCUGCUUGUUUUGAAAACUUACUGCGAUGAUUUACACGAACACUAUGAAGAACUGUUGGAAGGUUUGGCGGAAUACUGCUCAUCGAGGAUAGCCGAGGAAUUUUUAGUUAAAGUCUUCGCUCGGAUUGAACGUGAAGGCAAAAGUUCAAUUUACUCCUUUGCUAAUGACUUGCUUAAUGUUGGCGUAAGAAGCUCAGACGCUGUGGGAUAUCAUGGCAACAGCAAUUUGAAAAGCAUAGAAAUUAAUUCGACUGAUAAUGGUGAUUUAACCGAGGACGAGGCAGAGGUUCUGGAUCUAUUUCCAAGACUUGACUUCUCCAACAUUUGGAUGUUUCAGGCUUUGACAUGCCAUUAUUUGGAAGAUGGGUCAUGCCAGGAGCAAUACUCGCAGGGUUCUUCUAAAUUCAUCUUAGAGAGUAUUGAAAUGACCAACUACGAUAUUGCUGCCUCCAAGCUCUUUGACAAGCUCAGGGAUGCAGAUAUUCUCCAAAAAACGCUUCAAGUUCUUGAGGUGAAAUUUUUAAACAAUGGGCCAGCGGAAGAUCCAAAAGACCUCUCUCAGUACUAUGUUACCGUGGAAAGCAUUGUUAGCAUUUCCAGGAGGCUGAAUAAAGCGUUGAAAGGAAUUUUACCCAUAAGUGACGAAGCUUUCACUCUUUUGAAGAUUUGCUGCCAGGAAUUUGCAACUAAGACCUCGGAGCAAUUGAAGCUUCUCGAAUUUAGGCUUGACAUUGUCCUAAAGAUACUUAUUGUCCACCAAAAAUAUAUUUUGAAAGAAGGGCUUCAAAAGAAACAGCUGCUGUUGAAUGAUGGCUGUUUGUUCCUAAAAAAUUUGUGCAUUCUUUUCUACAAAAUCGAUUUCAGCUUGAAGUUGAAGUUGUUACUGUACGACCUGCUAUCCUCUCUAAAGGCUUUCGUCGUAUACUCAUCGCCAGGAAAAGACCGCCAAUACAAUGAUCGUUUGAGUUCGCAAGUACCACAGGAGCUGUUAGAUCUUCCUCCUUUCCAAAUAUCAUCGUUUUUACCCGAAGAGAAGCCAGAAGACUCGAGAGGAACCGUCCAGCUUGGAAUUGUGGAGUGCGAUACCACAAAGAGCUCCACCAAACCGUACUAUUUUAUUUUCAAUCGCAAAAACGGUACCUUUGACUGCAAGUUCUUAUUGAGACCAUAUCAUUCACUAGGAAAUUUCCAGGAAGGAGAAUCGGAAUUCAACAAUACUCCUCUGAAUCUAUGUUUAUUCAAUACUGUACUUGACCGUCGUAAUCCCACUUGA